GCAUUUGCAUGCUGCCAGUCAGUAAUAACUUAGCUACCGAAAUAGACCUAUGCACUUGUUGAAUAUUCUUUUAAUGUGAUUUUCUUAUAAGAAAGAUUUAAAUGACUUUAAAAUAAGUUUUUACCGUGUAACUCGCAAUAAAAUUGGGUUGCAUGCACGCCAAACGCACUUUAAGACGCUUGAGUGCCUCAACACCAACAGUAAGCAAUAAGCUUCGCAAAUAGAAAGUUAAGUGAACACAAUGCUUUGGCUAAAGCUGCUGCUGAUCAAUCUUCAAAUAAUCCUCGCAUUGCAGUUGUGCAUCGCCGCCAAUACAGCCGAAGUGGACGUGGACGAACUGAAGUCGCAAAUCAGCAGUCACCUAAGCUACACAGCACGUCGGCUUGCGCGCAUUCAGCAGGACGUCGACGAAAAGUAUGCCAUCGAAUUGGAGCAACUGCUGGCGCGUUACUUAAAAGCCGCCAAUGCCGAGGAUCCUCUAGUCGAGGAGAAGCAGCUACUAGAGUACGAAGGGGAGCAACGGCAGGCAUUUAUGGCUUAUGUAAAUCUGCAGUACGAUGAGCAAUUCCUCAACGAGGACAUACGCGUACAAGAGUGGAGCAUGCGCACGCUGAUGACGGAGGUAAGCGGUCCAUUGGCUGAGGAAAUUGAAAAGGUCUUGCCAGCUUAUGAGAGUGCUGUGAAGAUUGAUGACUUCGACCAGAAAUAUGCUGCUUUCACCGGUAUACAGGAGACAUUUUCGACGGCAUUGUGGCAGCUGAUCGACGCUGAACCAGAGGAGGAAGCGGUGCUCAAUGUGCAGCUGAAGUUUUUUAAGGAGUUUUUGCUCUAUCUGCAGAAGCAGGAAGAUGCUGCGUCUUUCGCCGCAAUACUAAAAGAUGCAUUAAAUGUUGUAGAGUCGGCGCUGAUGAGUGCGGAUCUCAAGCCAAAGAUGGAGGUGCUAGAUAGUUUUGAUGAUUUGACGACGAAAUUUCGGCGAUAUUUGGAUUAUAAGGUACUGGAAUUUCAGUUUGAUCGAUUUGGACAGUAAAAGUGCGGUUUAGCAAUUUUGUGUUCAAUGUGUUAAAAAUAUUCGAAAAUAUUGUGUGAAAAUCGGUGUGCAUUUAUUUGGAGUAAUUAAAUUAAAUAAUUAAAAAAAAAAAUACAACUACAAACUCAAUGUGUUAAGUGAAUUGAAUACAAAUAUAUAUAUAUGAGACAUUUGCCAUGUAUAUAUAUUUAUUUGAAUGUAGGAAUUACAAAAAUUUUCCAAUAAAAUAUAAAUAUUGGCGUAUCAGUUUAUUAUUUCAACCAAGUAGGUGACGCAAUUGUAUAUUUAUUGUUUUCAGUGGUUAAUCUAAGAAAGUGCUUAAGUCAACUUGCACGAAAACUUGAAUAAAAACCAUACAAAAGGAAGUUGUAUAACGAAAAAUGGCAAUUUA